AAACCCUCAUUUUCUGGUCGCUCUCUCUCUCUCUCUCUCUCUCUCUAAAAUCCUUCUUUUCCUUCUCACCUUUCAUCAUCCACACACGCACCCAGAGAGAGACAUGUGAUGGGAGCGUCUUCGGCUCCUUCACCAGCCACAUCUUCGUGUUCAGUGCUCACCAUGGUCGCUCCAUCUUGAGCUCAAAACCCAACUUCGUGGCAGCCCACCAGUCAUACCCAGAAAGUCCUCAUCUACUUUGAGAGAGAAAAAGAAGAGUAUAAUCUACAUACAGUAAAGGGUCAAGAGAGGAGGGAGAAAAGGGAAGAGGAAGGCAAUCACUUGGAGCUCUGCAACUAGGAAUUCUUCCUUUCCACUGUUGGUGUUUGUGCUUUUGCUUCAUCUAAACAAGAACGUUGAGACCCGGAACGAGAACAAGAACGGCGGUGGGCGAAUAAGAUGGGCAACUGUGGUACUAGAGAAGAAUCUGCUGUUGUGGCUAAUGCGCAUGCGCAAGUCCAACAACUUCAAAUAUUAUCUCCAUUGCCCGUUAAAAACCCACCAUCAGAGAGAAAGCAUAGCCGCUCCACAUCAGAUCUGAGUGAUUGUUCAACCCCCAGAAACUUCGAGGACUCAAGAAAAAAUGCCAUGCUCUACACCCAUGUGAUCGCGUUCACACUUUAUGAACUCGAGACUAUUACCAAGAGUUUCCGCUCCGAUUACAUCCUGGGGGAGGGUGGAUUUGGGACUGUGUACAAAGGUUAUAUUGAUGAGAAUGUGAGGGUUGGACUUAAAUCUCUUCCAGUCGCUGUUAAGGUUCUCAACAAGGAGGGUCUUCAGGGCCACCGGGAAUGGCUUACGGAGGUCAACUUUCUUGGACAGCUUAGACAUCCAAAUCUGGUGAAAUUGAUUGGUUAUUGCUGCGAGGAAGAUCACAGAUUACUUGUGUAUGAGUUUAUGUUCCGAGGGAGCCUUGAGAACCACCUAUUCCGAAAAGCAACUGUUCCUUUACCAUGGGCUACAAGGAUGAUGAUUGCUUUUGGGGCUGCCAAAGGACUUGCUUUCCUUCACAAUGCUGAAAGACCAGUCAUCUAUCGGGACUUCAAAACCUCAAAUAUACUUUUGGACUCUGAUUAUACGGCAAAGCUUUCAGACUUCGGACUUGCAAAAGCUGGGCCUCAGGGUGAUGAUACCCAUGUAUCAACCCGUGUUAUGGGGACGUAUGGUUAUGCUGCCCCUGAGUACGUAAUGACUGGUCACUUAACAGCGCGGAGUGACGUGUACAGCUUCGGAGUUGUUCUAUUGGAGCUUUUGACUGGGAGGAAGUCCUUUGAUAAGACCAGACCAAGCAAGGAGCAGAACCUGGUUGACUGGGCCCGGCCCAAACUGAACGACAAAAGAAAAUUGUUGCAAAUAAUCGAUCCAAGAUUGGAGAAUCAGUAUUCGGCAAGAGCAGCUCAAAAGGCGUGCAGUUUAGCCUACUAUUGUCUGAGCCAGAACCCCAAAGCAAGACCCCUAAUGAGUGAUGUUGUCGAAACCUUGGAACCUCUACAAGGUAGUAAUGAUGGUGUAAAUGAAAUGCCGUCAACACUAGGAGUAGGCGGUUCCUUCCCAAUGGGUGGAGUUUCUGAUUAUCGGACCCGUCGCCGGUUCGUAACCAAUGUGGGUCCUGGUGCUAGCUGCCGGUCUCCAAACCCUAACUGUUCACCGGGUGGCCCCACUGCAUGCCGAGUGAGAUGAGUAACUGCUACUAAAUUGUGUAUACUCCUUUAGUUGUGCCUCUUCCUCCCCAAGCCUCUUUAGAAUGACAAAAAGUCGCUUAACUAUAAUGGUGGGUGCAUUCGCUUCUUCCCGCAAGAAGAAGUCACAUCGUGUCGUGGUGUUCCAUAGUUCCAGUCAACUCCACCGUGGUCUGUGGAUGUUGUGGUUGUAUUAAUCUCAAGGUCUUGUUUAGCUGAUACAGUGGUAAAUUUCUCAUGUGAAAAGAUCUAAUCUUUGCAUUUCGGUUUCA